AUGGUGGCUCAUGAUGAAAUUGGAGGUCUGUUGCCUAUCAAAAGGACUAUUCAGGUCAUAGCAGUUCAGAAUCCAGCUUCGAAGGAGUUCGAGGAACCCAGCAAUAAGAGAGUACGGCCUCUUGCACGUGUAACAUCGUUAGCAAAUUUAAUAUCUCCUGUGAGAAAUGGCGCAGUUCGGCGCUUUGGCCAAACUAUCCAGUCAUUCACCAUGCGUGCUGACAACAAGUCUCCAAACAGUACAAGCAAGGCCUGUAGCAAGAUGGCUGCCCCUACCCCUCCAAAAAGAAGGAAUAGCAUUCUGUGGUCUGAGAUGUUAGAUGUCAAUAUGAAAGAAACACUGAGCACCAAAGAAAUUAAACGACAGGAGGCUAUUUAUGAAAUGACCAGAGGGGAGCAAGACCUGAUUGAAGACCUCAAGUUGGCAAGAAAGGCCUACCAUGAUCCAAUGUUGAAACUAUCCAUUAUGUCAGAGGAGGAGCUUGCACAGAUAUUUGGAGACCUUGAUGCUUACAUACCUCUACAUGAAGAAUUUCUUGCAAAACUUAGAGAUGCAACAAGGGCAGACGGGACUGUUGGGCAAAUCGGCCAUAUUCUUGUUAAUUGGCUACCUCGUUUAAAUGCAUACAAGAGGUAUUGCAGUAACCAGCUUGCUGCCAAAGCUCUGCUAGACCAAAAGAAGUUGGACAGGCGUGUUCAGGACUUUCUGCAGCGAUGUCUGGAAUCGCCAUUUAGUCGCAAGCUAGACCUCUGGAGCUUUCUUGAUAUUCCCAGAAGCCGCUUGGUGAAAUAUCCCCUGCUACUGAAAGAGAUUCUUCGACACACUCCUAACGAGCAUCCUGAUGGCAAGAGUUUGGAAGAAGCUCUGUGCUUAAUCCAAGGAGUGCUUGCAGACAUUAACUUGAAAAAGGGAGAGUCUGAAUGUCAGUAUUACAUUGACAAGCUGGAGUAUCUGGAUGACAAACAAAGAGAUCCCCGGAUAGAAUCAAGCAAAUCCCUUCUAUGUCAUGGCGAGCUGAAGAAUAAAAAUGGCCAUAAGCUGUACCUCUUCAUGUUUCAAGAUAUUCUGGUUCUAACACGUCCGAUUACACGGAACGAGCGUCAGUACUAUCAAGUGUACAGACAACCAAUUCCUGUCCGUGAGCUGGUGCUGGAGGAUCUUCAAGAUGGUGACGUGAGGAUGGGUGGCUCCUUUAGAGGGGCCUUUAGCAAUUCAGACAAAGCCAAAAACAUCUUCCGAGUUCGGUUUCAAGAAGCUUGCAUAGGCCAGAGUCACACUCUCCAAGCCAAUGAUGUCUUUCACAAGCAGCAGUGGUUGAACUGUAUCAGAACAGCCAUUGUCCCAUAUCAGAAUGCUUCACCAACUGAACUAAAAGAACUCCCUGACCUCAGUGAGGAAUGUGAAGAAAAUCAUCCCCCAGCUCAGAACACAAAUGCCCAGCGAAGGUCAUCUACCAUAUCUGGCAUUGUAGAAAUGGACCUUGAAGAAAAUGCAGACAGCUCUGUUGUGGGCUCACCAGAAGAUCCGAAGCCAGGGAAACUCCAAAGAGCUUUGACAGGAAGCCGGAAAACUCGAGACAAAACACAACAGAGCAUUAAAAGAAAAGAAACAUUAGUAUAA